CUUCCUGGACCGGGGCACGAACCCGUGUCCCCUGCAUCAACAGGCGGACUCGCAACCACUGCGCCACCAGGGAAGCCCCCUAUGCAUUUACUUUUAAACCCACACCAAUUAGGUUUUCUGUCCUCACCACUUUUCCAAAUUGGCCUCAUCGUGGCCCUCAAUCUAACCUGUCUCUCUUGUUCAAAUCCAGUGAUCAGUUCUCCGUCCUCAUCUUACUGACCUACCAGGAUCACUUGACAUAGUUGGUUACUCUCUCCUUUUUUUGAAACUGUUCUUCUUCAUUUGGCUUCUUUCUCUCUCUAACUUCUUUUUCUGACUUAAUGUUUUAUUUCUUCUCAAUUUCCUUUGCUGAAUUCAUCUAAUCCUCCAGACUUCUAAAUAUUGUACUAUCCAUGACUCAGUUUUUUCUUACCUCUAUCCUUUUACUAUGAUCACUAAUUGCACAAUUCUAAAUACUCUGUUGAUGCUGAUGAACUCUAGACUCAAUGUUGAACUACCUUCCUACACUUUUAUUUGGAUGUGAAAUAGACAUCUUAAAUAUAUGUAAAACUGAACUCAAUUUUCCAUUUAACAACCUUAUUUCCUGGUCAUUUUUUUACCUCAACAAAUAGCCAACCCAUUCUUUGAAUUUUUCUGGGGGAUAAUAAUAAUGGGAAAAAAAAUAAAAAGUUUAUUUCAUCCUGAACCUCUCUUUCAUACUCUAGAUCCUACCCAUUAGAAAGUCAAUAUGUUGAAAUAUAAAUAAAGAAUUCUUGGCUAAUGUUGAAUCGGAGAGGAAACAGGAACAUAUGAUGCCAGGAAGUGGCUCAACUGGCAGGUAGCUGAAUUUGGGUUUUCAUGGGCACACAAGGGAUUAAGGAGCUUUUCUUAAUUGUCCAAUCCCAGUCUGAGUCUCCACAUACCACAAAACAGCUGUGUGAAAGCAAAACUCUUGGCUUGAGAAGGAAGUGUCAGCCCAGGCCCCUCACUAUGAAGAAGGCAAUUGAGACAAAGGAAAUAGAAGAGUUGAAGGGUUGGGGGAGAUGAAGCCCCCAGGGAUUCAGAACACCUUGGAGAAGUCUCAAAAGUCCAUUGUAUGAGGCUGUGAUGUCAGUGCUGAGGUCACAGAGGAGACCUGAUGGAGUGAGUUCUGGCUUAGAAGGCUUCCGUGGUGGCUGUUCAGCAAGAUGAGGGCAGUUUUGAGCCUUGUAUAAGAGGAAGGACGGGGCCACAGCUGAUUGGUAUGUUUCCCCAAACUGGGCCCUUCAUGCUGCCCUUGCCCCUUCACUCAUCAACUGUAGACCUCUUUCCCAGGGCCUCAGGUUUCCCUCCCAUGACCCCCGACAUCUCUCAAACCCAAAAUCCUCCCAAAGCAUCCUAUCCCAGGGACCUCAUAACCCUUUCCAUGUGGACCCUGCAGUCCCCCCACCCUGAGAUCCCAGAUCCUCUUCCUGUUCACCUUUCCUACUUUCACCACUGCCCAAAAGGCUGAUCUCGGUCUCCCAUCCCCAUCCCCCUAGCUGUGUUCCCACAGACCUGGGCCUCCUGCUGCCCACCAUGGCCAAAAGUGGAGAGGCCCUGCCGCAGGGCAGCCCGGUGCUGGUCCAGGAUCCUCACCUCAUCAAGGUGACAGUGAAGACGCCCAAGGACAAGGAGGAUUUCUCAGUUACAGACACUUGCACCAUCCAGCAGCUGAAGGAAGAGAUAGCCCAGCGCUUUAAGGCCCACCCUGAUCAGCUGAUCCUAAUAUUUGCUGGCAAAAUCCUCAAGGACCCUGACUCACUGGCACAGUGUGGGGUCCGAGAUGGCCUCACUGUCCACCUGGUCAUCAAGAUGCAGCGCCGUACUGUGGGCACUGAGUGCCCAGCUGCUUCGGUCCCUAUCCCAGCCCCAAGCCUUGGAUCACUCCCUCAGCCAAGCUCCAUUUACCCAGCAGACAGGCUACCCACCUUUAGCUUAGGUGUCCUCACAGGCCUCAAUGGGCUAGGCCUGACCUCCGGUAGUUUCCCCGACCCGCCAAGCUCACUGAUGUGGCAGGAUAUGUCUGUGCCUGAGUUUGUGGCUCAGAUCAUUGAUGACGCCUUCAUCCAGGGUCUGCUGUCCAACACAGGCCUGGUGCGCCAGCUGGUUCUUGACAACCCCCACAUGCAGCAGCUGAUCCAGCACAACCCUGAGAUUGGGCACAUUCUCAACAACCCUGAAAUCAUGCGGCAGACAAUGGAGUUUCUGUGCAAACCUGCCAUGAUGCAAGAGAUGAUGCGUAGCCAGGACCGGGCACUCAGAAACCUGGAGAGCAUCCCUGGUGGCUACAAUGUGCUCCGUACCAUGUAUACAGAUAUCAUGCACCCAAUGCUUAAUGCAGUGCAGGAGCAGUUUGGUGGCAAUCCCUUUGCUACCACCACUACUGCUAAUGCUACCACCAGUAGCUGCCAACCUUCAAGGAUGGAGAACUGUGACCCUCUCCCCAACCCCUGGGCUUCCACGUUUGCAGGCUCAGCUGGUAGGAGAGGCAGGAGGCCUGGGGACCAGGAUGUAUCCGAACUUAGAAACAGUGUUUGCAAUAUUCUAGGUAAUAUGAGGCUCUAUGACUAUCUCCAGCAAUUACAUGAGAGGCCCCUGUCCCUGAGAACCUAUCUGCAGGGGAUUGCAUCUACCCUCAGCCCAAGCCAAGAACCACUAUCACCACCAGGAAGCCAAGUUCCCCCAACUUCACCCUCAUCCCAGGAACUUGAGUCAGGCCGGCCUCUCCCCAGGGAGUCAGUAGCAAUCAAGGGGAAGCCCUCCUGCCCCGCAUUCUUGAGAUAUCCCACAGAGAGCAGUGCUAGAAAAGCUGGAAGCCGAGAUGGUGCAGGGAAUGGCUCCACUGCCCACAGCACCAACAUGCCUGAUCUUGUCUCCAGGCUGGAGUGUGCUGCCAACAACGCCCCAUUUGUUCCUUCCCCACCCUCGCCCACGGCAGUUACUGCUGGAACCCCUGAGCAUGUCUGGCUGCCGCCACCAGCUUACCCAAGAUCUCUGAGGCCAGCCAGAAUGAAUGAGGCCCCACAGUUGCAGGACGAAAUGCGCUGGCAGCUGCCACUGCUGCUGCACCUUCAGGCAGCCAUGGCAAACCCUCGUGCCAUGCAUGCCUUGCUGCAGAUUGAGCAGGGUCUGCAGAUCCUGGCUACUGAAGCCCCUCGCCUCCUCCUUUUGUUCAUGCCUUGCCUAGCAGGGCUGGGAAGUACGGCAGGAAGUACAGAGCCUCGAGAGGGUGCCCUUAUGCCUGCGGAUCCUCCCCUAGCCCCAGGUCCUGAAGUUCCCUCAGCACAAGGCUCUGUGGAGCUGGGCCUCCAUUCCAUGCCCUUCCUCCAGAUGUUGCAAGCCCUAGCUGGCGCCAAUCCCCUGCAGCUGCAGCCCGAGACUCACUUCCGGGUGCAGCUAGAGCAAUUGCGGGCCAUGGGCUUUCUGAAUCCUGAAGCCAAUCUGCAGGCCCUCAUUGCCACCGGAGGUGAUGUAGAUGCUGCUGUGAAGAAGCUGAGACAGCUGUAGGAGCCCUAGUUGUUCAGACCGUAUCUUUUCCUCUGUGCUUUUCCCCCCAUAUCCCCUACCUUAACACCCCCAUUCUUGAAUGCAGCUGCACUAUGAUGCUCUUUACUGUGGAGACAAUGUUGUUCCAGAGUCAUUGGGAAGAAUGAGAGCCAGGACAGGGUAGGGGUGCUGCGAGUGACCCAGCCAUCCCUGCCACUGUACCAUCGUGGGACCCCAGUCUGAGCUCUGCUAAUGCCUAUCUUGAGAUGCAAUUACAUCCAAUCUUCCGUGUCA